UUUAUCGACGUAAAUUUUCCCCCCAUCCUUAUAAGCACAAACUACAGCAGUGGAGGUUCAGGGAAUAGAGCGUUCGCUGUCCAAUCAUUUGUGAAUCGGGUUAGAGUCUCAGUGAUGGCUGGUGAAUUCCGCAUCCGGCUUGCACCGACCACAGUGCUGACCUGAAAUAUCCUAAGUGGUAGACGGAGGUUCUAGUGGUUUUCUUCUCCGUGUAACGCAAAUGCGGGCUCGUUUCAAUGAUAAAUGCGGUCAUUAUCGACUUCGACAAAUAUCGAAUAGAGUAAUUUCCGUGAGUAUUGCCGAUAAAGAUAAUUAUCGAAUAUGAGAAAAUCGUUAGUAUUUUCGAAUCCGAUAUUUACCCUGUUUAUUAAUAAAUUUUAUUUGGAUAACCAAAAUGUAAACUAAAGUAAAAAGGAUGUAAAUGAGUUAAAGCUAAAAAAUUGGAGAAAUAUCGUAAAAGGUCGUUAUUUUCUGACGAUAUAUCGAGAUUUUAGAAUUGCGAUAACGCCCGAUAAUAGUUUUUUUUCUCUAAUAUAUUUAAUACAGUCUGGUUUUUUUUUCCCUCACCAAGUUUUUCCUUAAAAAUUGGCGUUAAGCUCACAUUUAUGCAAAUGAAUAUGACUUGAAGAUUUUAAAAAACAACCUAAGACCAAAAAAGAAGGAAUAGAAAAUAUUUUGUAUCAUGACGAGCUUAGAUAUUAAUCUGAAAUUCCAUAUAGUCAUUUCUCAAUACUCAGUUAUGAAAUACUACGGUGAAAUAUUCAAUAUUUAAGAUUCCUAAUAAGAUAAGUUACCUUCAAAAACAUCAACAACAAAAAAAAGGAAAACUAUCCUGUUUCUUGCGGUUGGGUUCAACGUUUUCUUCCUCUAUUCUCUCUAACAAAGAAAACCGCGCGUUUAUUUUUAGAGAUAUACAGUCAAAACAAAUAUUGAGCCCUCUAGUUCUCAUUUAAAGCUAUCAGUCGCAAAAGUUUGAUCUUACUCCAAAUAAUGAAAACUUCGAAAUAGUAAUGAAAACGGCAUGUAUAAAGGUAACUCUUGAUUUAUUUAUUUUCAUAAAAUAUUCUUAAGAAACAGUGCCAUUAUCAUUUUGUUUUUACUUCUCGAUUUUACUCUUCGGAUGAGCAAAAUUUAUAUUAAAAUCAUUUGCAACCUAUAACCAUGUCAAAUUUGGAAACUUUUGCAUCAAAAAGCUAUUACACUAUUUGAAUUUGCAUGUUCUUGAAUUGCAGAGAACUAGGCUUGUUGCUAGCAUAGAGGAUUAUACAAAUGUACUAUAGAGGAUUUGAACGCAAUAUCACUUAUAGUCUUUGCCUAAAAAGCUAGGGAAUAUGUUUAUUAAUUCUCACUGUAAACUACGAAAGUUAUUUUCAAUAUCAAUCAUCUGCAAUAUGUCUGACAUCGAACUUUUAUAUAUUCUUGAAAAAUCGAGAACUAUAUACCUAUAUACGACCUAUAUAGAACUAUAUACGAACAAUAAAAAUAUACAAAUGCAUUUUUAGUGAGUUUGAAUGCAAUCUCUGUUAUAGAUUUUAACCGAAGAGCCCGGUAAUACUCACUGUAAACUAUAGAAGCUGUUUUCAGUAAUCAUCUGUAAUAUGUCUGACAUCGAACUUAUAGAAUUUACAUAUUCUUGGACAAUCGAGAACUAUUCUAUGUGUUACCAACGUCCUGGAAAAAGCAUUUGUAGCCCUGAUUUCGAGAUUGCAACUUUAAAUAAGAGUAGAUGGUCACUGCAUCUCUAUCCUCGAGGGUUUUCUGAAGAUUACAAAGAAUUCGUAUCUUGUUUUUUAUGCUCAGAAAGGAGCAACAUUUCAGAAUACGAUCAAGAAGAUGGCGUUGUCGACUUUGAAAUCAAAAUGGUUGAUACGAAUGGAGAAACUUUACGAAUUCUGCGGACUGAAAAUUGCUUGUUUCAGUGCGGAUAUGAUUGCUGUGGUUGGCGUGACUACAUAAAAAGAAGUUACAUUAAAGAAAGAAUUAAAGCUUGGCCCAAAGAUAAUUUAGUUCUUAUUUGUUACAUAGCUACAAAGAAGAUCAAAUCAAAACACCUUGCUACGGAAGGACUUACUAGAAUAAUGGUGGAUAAAUGUUCUUUUGACUGGAAGAUAUCUGUGACCCAUUCUUCUAAUUGGUCUCUCAGCAAGCAGUUUACCUUGUUUUCGACACUAAUAUUAGAAAUCAUUCUAUCUGCAUCAGAGGAAAACAUAAAAAUUAGCAUUCUGAAGAAAAAUUCUAGUGUUUUGGAUACAUUAAUAAGGUUUAGACUUACGUUGUUAAAUUUUGAAGGAUUCGAAAUAGAUUCAAAAAAUGCUUCCCAUAUUUUUGAAUCAGAUCCCAUUGAAAAUACAUGGAAUUUUCCACUUUUAAUUACAAAAGAACAGUUGGAGUUGCACAAAAGUUCAACGGUAUUUUCAUUGGUUUUUAUGUGUUCUGUGUCAGAUGGGAUGACGAUUACCCACCCGAUUAUGAAAUCGAGAAAUGAAUUAAAUUCACGUGAGGUAAACUGCUUUCCAACUUUGCAAGAAGAUUUACAAGCUCUGUUUAAAAGCAAAAAAUUUUGCGACGUUAAGUUAAGAGUUGGCGACGAACUUCUACUUGCUCAUAAGUCAUUUCUCGCGGCGCGAUCACCAGUGUUUGCCGCUAUGUUCGAUCAAGAAAUGAUCGAAUCCCAGACUGGAAUAGUAGAUAUUUGUGAUGUGAGUGUGGAUACAUUAAACAAGUUUUUAGAGUUUGUGUAUACGGGAACUGUGAGUGAACUGGAUACUGAAAGUUCGAUCAAGUUAUUAGUGGUCGCCGAUAAAUAUCAGGUUUUGUCUCUCAAGGAGAAAUGCUGUUCUAAUUUAAUGAGAGAUUUAUCAGAGGAUAACGCAGGAGACAUUUUUGAUAUUGCUGAUUGUAUGGGUCUAAAAUUAUUAAGUUCAGCUGCUUUAGAUUUUGUAAAAGCGUAUGAAAAACCAACUUUGUAUUCUUAUACAAACAUACACGAAUAUUAAGUUUACCCAGUCUGUUAUUAAUAAUUGAAUGCUAGGGUGUUAGAACAUUUUUUGAAAUUUUUUUCUUGAAUUAAUAGCUAAAUAAAUAUUUUAAACAUAUUUAGUUGUUGUUUUAUUAUGACCAGAACCUUGUCUGUAGCUUAAAUUACGCAAAAUUGAAAGAAAAAAAAAACAUUUACAGCUUAGUAUUUUACACAUCGGGUUAUUUUCCUUGCUC